AAUAAAGAAACGAUGAGAUAUUUGUUAUCUUUGUGUAUGGUUUGCAACGUAAGAGAUAUUUUAAGGGUGGCGUGGUCUUAUCCGUGUUAUAUAUAUGGGAAGAAGGCUUUGGAGAAAAGUUGAAAGAAGGAAGCAUGUUUUGCGUGUGCAGUGUAUCCAAACCCACAGUGGGGAGUGGGAACAUUCCCCAAAUCUCCGAUUCAGAUUCAAAUUCUCUUCCAACGAAACGUUUUUCCAGCAGAAACAGGGUUCCGAGCGAGCCUCCGAAACCCUCUGUUAUGCAGAUGCAACGCAUUGUCGGCGCCGGAAGCUUCAGAGACACCGAACCCCUUCCUCUACGGGGCUCCGACAUGCGAAAGACGGUGAUGGACUUGUUCCUGGGUCAAGCCAUGGAAGGGAGAGUGCAGAAGAAGAUGAGAGAGACCGGAGAGUGGCUCGACGCUAAUGCCGAGUCCAAAAUCACUUCUUCCAGAAAGGGAAUCUUACUGUUUAUGGUUCAAUGGAUGCUACCGAUUUGGACAAUCUUAUUCCUAAUAGCUUUUGGAGCCAUCGAAUUACCAUUCAGCAACCCCUUCCUCGAUGAUCUACUCAUGUGACCAUACGUCAAAUAUAUGUAUGAUUUUCACAACCUCUUUUUUCUUCCUUUUUGGCUCCAUUAGUUAUCUUCCAUUGUUUUUUUUUUUUGUGAUAUCAGUGUAUACAUGUUUUAUUGCUCUAGAUGGAAAAUAUUUGAAACUUAUUUCUUUUA